UCGUACUUCCUAGCUUCGUGUGGACUCGGCGCUCGGGCUCGCAAGACUUGCUCCAAUUGAAAACAACGUGGCAGCAUGCGCCGCAGCAUUUUGUACAUUUCUCUUGUCAGUUAAAGGGUGGCUUGGCAUUUCGCAUAUGUGUCGUCAAGGUCCCAGGGCAACGGAAUUUCAGGCGAAUACGUUGUCGCGGAGAAGCGAGCUUAAGGCCAUAGUGUGUACAUUAUUUGCAGCUUGCGGCGAGAAUAUUGUCAGGAUUGGGUGAUUGUUAAUUGCAUUCGAGUAUCACCAAGUCUCGCCAAAAGAGUAAUAGGAGAAAUUUAUGAUGAAGCGAAGAUCGGAGGACGCGAAUGUUCUUGAAGAGUCUGGAGAAGCAAAUGGAGUUGUGGUAGAGCGAGGCAGUAUUAAAGGUGAUGAAAACAAUAUUGCUAUAUUGUUAUUUUUAUAUUUGUGUCAAGGAAUACCAUUGGGUCUUUGUAGCUCGAUUCCCAUGCUUCUUCAGAACCAUAGAGUAUCGUAUAAACAGCAGGCUGAAUUCAGUUUCGUAACAUGGCCUUUCUCGUUGAAGCUAUUGUGGGCGCCGAUAGUAGAUUCGGUAUUUAUUACGAGAUUCGGUAGAAGGAAAACGUGGCUAUUGCCAAUUCAAUAUUUAAUGGGUCUUUUUAUGUUGUAUUUGUCGAAUCAUGUGGAUCGUUGGUUGGGCAACGAAGAUGGAAGCGAAUUGAACAUUGGAUUGUUGACCGCUUUGUUUUUUGCUUUAAACGUUCUUGCUGCGACUCAAGAUAUAGUAGUCGACGGUUGGGCGCUCACCAUGUUUAAGCGUUGUAACGUUGGUUAUGCUUCGACUUGUAAUAGCAUUGGGCAAACGGCUGGUUUCUUCCUUGGAUAUGUAUUGUUUAUGGCUCUAGAAUCGCCAGCAUUUUGUAAUACAUAUUUAAGAUCAGUGCCUUCGAAUACGGGUAUCGUUACAUUUCCCGGAUUUUUAUACUUUUGGGGUUAUGUAUUUAUUAUUGUAACUACUCUUAUUGGAAUAUUCAAACGUGAAAAUACCGAAAAUAUUCCAAAAAGUGAAAAUAUGAACAUAAAAAAGGCUUAUGAGUUGCUUUGGAGAACUAUGAAAUUACCCAAUAUUAAGCAAAUGAUACUGAUUUUACUCACUGCCAAGAUUGGUUUUGCAGCGAGCGAUACGGUAACUGGCUUAAAAAUGGUCGAAGCUGGAAUUCCAAAAGAAAAGUUUGCUCUUAUGGCUGUACCAAUGAUACCGUUACAAAUAAUCUUACCGGUCUUUAUAUCCAAGUAUACCGUAGGAUCCCAACCGAUGAAUAUUUACUUAAAAGCCAUUCCAUACAGACUGCUAUUUGGUUUGGUCGCUGCAUUUUUAGUUUGGAUUACUCCAUAUUUUAUAAGAAAUGGCGAAGUACCUGUAUAUUAUUUUAUAUUACUAGUGAUAUUGUAUUUUCUUCAUCAGAUUUGCGCGAGUUGUAUGUUUGUUGCAUCGAUGGCAUUUUUUGCCAGGAUUAGCGAUCCAGCAGUUGGUGGAACUUAUAUGACAUUUCUGAAUACAUUAUGUAAUCUUGGAGGAAAUUGGCCAGCUACAGCGGCCCUAUAUUUUGUCGAUACACUUACGUUUAAGCAAUGUAAAGAGUAUAUUGUCAAUAACUGCGGUGGAGGUGAAGAAAACGAGACGUGUAUGAACGUAAAUAAAGUAUGUCAUACACAGUUGGAUGGCUACUACAUAGAGAGUUUUCUUUGUAUAAUCAUUGGCUUCCUCUGGCUCCGGUGGGGAAAAAAUAUAAUACGAAAUUUGCAGAACAAGCCAGCAAGUACUUGGAAAGUAGUACAACAGAAAAAUUAGGUCAUAUAAAUAAAACAAUGACAAAAAAAAAAAAAAAAAACA